AAAGAUCACAGUCGACAGUCACAAAAGACAGGGAGGCUAAUUUUAACAUUCCAAGCGUUGAUGGGAAAGAAAUCUGCAAAGCCCACAUCAGUUGCUUCUCAGCGACCGAAAUCUGAUCAGAAGGAGAGAAAGCGAUCUUCUUACAGCAGUGGAGACAUUGUUGCUGAGUUACAAAGAUGGAAUCUGAGGAUCGCACAGGUGAAAGAUGACGGGAAUUGUUUCUUCCGAGCUGCAGCUGAUCAGCUUGAGGGUGCAAGUGGAGAUCAUAUGGCGUUGAGACAGAAGGUUGUCACCUUCAUUAGAAGCCAUGUCGACGAUUUUGAGCCGUAUAUGGAGGACGGCGAGACCUUAGACCGCUAUUGCAAACGCAUGUCAGAGGACGGGACGUGGGCAGGGUAUCAGGAGCAGGUUGCGCUAGCUCGGCUAUGCAGUGUUGCAAUCCGGGUCUACCAGGCAGGACAGCCGGUCUGGACCAUCAAGCCAGAGUACCCCGACUUCCCGCAGGACUCGCCGGCAAUCCACGUGAGCUACCACGACGGCGAGCACUACAACUCUGUGCGGCGCGCGGAUGACCACACCAGCGGGCCGCCGCUGCCUAUCGCCAUCGCAGAACGGCUCCCGACGAGCGCGGAGAAGGCGGCUGCGCGCAGCUGGGGCCCGGCGCAGGAGGAGCUGGUAAUGCGGGGGACUGGCUGCUAUGAUGACCCUGCAGCCGUGCAGCAGGCCUUGGAGGCCGCGCAUGGAAACCCAGACCAGGCAAUCGAGAUCCUGAUCGAGCAAUUGGCUUCAGCGGCAGUUCCAAGCUCGGAGGGCCAAGGGCGUAGAAUCGAGCAAGCAGGGCCGCAGAAUGCAAAGGAGAAGAAGUCCAAGCUGCAGGUUGCUGUGGGAAAGAAGCCUGCCAGGAACCGAGAGUGUCCGUGCGGCAGUAGAAAACGCUACAAGAAUUGCUGCGGACCCUCUGAUGCUGCAGCUGCACGCAGACAGGCCAAGGGGUCAGUUGAGGAGCCGAGUGUGCAGGGCAUGCCGGCCAUCUACGUGUAG